AGAAGCCAAACACAUAAUUAAUUUUCAGAUCCUUUCCAAAAGCGAUUGUUCUCAAUUCACACAGCCGUAACUUCCAAAUGAGCACGGGCGAACUUCUCACCAGCGAGCCUUCUGAGCUCAAGUUUACUUUUGAGCUGAGGAAGCAGAUCUCGUGUUCUCUUCAAUUGUCGAAUAAAACUGAUAAUUAUGUAGCUUUCAAGGUGAAAACAACAAAUCCAAAGAAGUAUUGCGUCCGUCCCAACGCAGGGGUCGUCUUGCCUCGAUCCACAUGUGAAGUUAUGGUUACAAUGCAAGCGCAAAAGGAAGCUCCACCUGAUAUGCAAUGCAGGGACAAAUUCCUCCUUCAAAGUGUCAAAGUGAAUGAUGGUGUAACGACAAAGGAUAUAACUGCAGAAAUGUUCAACAAAGAAGCUGGACAUGUAGUCGAGGAGUGCAAAUUGAGAGUGGUUUAUGUUUCUCCACCACCAGUUCAAGAAGGGUCUGAAGAGGGAUCUUCAGCGGGAGUCUCUGAUUCAGAUGGCAGGCAUGCAAAUGCUGCUGAGUUUGCUUCAGGUGCAAGAGCAUUUACCGAAGGGCUUGCAGCUCAAGAUAUGUCUUCUGAGGCAAGAGCUCUUGUAACAAAACUGACCGAGGAAAAAAAUAAGGCAAUUCAAAAAAAUAACAAGCUUCGCCAAGAACUGGAACUUCUGAGGCAUGAAGGCAGCAAAAGCGGCGGUGGCUUGUCAGUCAUUUUUGUCAUUUUGAUCGGCUUGCUCGGCAUAAUUAUGGGAUAUAUCAUGAAGAAGUCAUAAGCUACCAUCUCCUAGGUUCUUCAGAGUAUUUCUCUUCAGCUUACCUUCACUUGAAAAGUAUGAUGAAGGAAAAGGGAAGAGAACUUAAUGGUCUUUGAACCUGCUGCUUCACCUUCAAUUGGCUUUUACUAGUUAGGUUUGUGGAAAUUAG